AGGUUACUUAUAUAGUUUAUCUGUAGCUUGUUGGUAUACAUGCCUCAGCGCUGACCGAGGCAGGGUUUUCUGUGAAUGAACCGUGGAGACUCGAGCUGUUCUGACUCGCUCCAGUGGGAACAAAAGCCUUGGAACUUCAAAGAGCAGAGGACGCACAGUUGGACAUCGGGGAAAGAACAGCCAUUCCUCGAGUGAAAAACAUUAUCAAACUGUUCCUAUCACGAAAGGCUACUCAGAUGGUGGGCGGACAAUUUGUAAAGCCGAAAUAUGAGAGAACUGAACGGUGGCGGGUGAGGGCACAUGAGAGAAAAAGAGCUGGCAAUGCGCGUUGAAGUAGAGAAAAAAAUCGGAAUUGCUUAGAACGGGAUUUCUCCGAGUGGGAUGAUAAAAACUUGAUCCUCGUUUGCCGAUUCCAGUCAAAACUUCACUGAGCGCGCUCACCAUCCAGCCACCAUGGCCAGACCUCUAAACGGAGGGGCUCUUUCAAUCUGAACACUUUACUGUACAUGGGAAUGAAAUAAUAACCAACAUACGGUUGGUCGAGGGUGCCUUUGAAAAUGUUGAGAUCCUGGUUUUGUAUGCUCAGUCUCUUCUGGACUUUAUUCAUCUGCACCGUGCAUAGAUGUUGUGCACAAGAAAAACAGGGCUACCUGAUCGCCGCUCCCUCCGUGUUCCGCGCGGGCGUGGAGGAGGCCCUGAGCGUGACCAUCUUCAACGCGGCGCAGGAGACCAGGGUCCAGGUGCAGCUGUCCGUGAAGGGCGAGACGGUGGCCUACAGCCACGGGACCGUGCUGGACAAAGGCACGAUCAAAUUAAAGGUUCCUCCAGGGUUGAGAGGCCAGGCCCAUCUGAAGGUGUGGGGGAAUCGCCACAUCACGGAAGGGGGCUACAUCUUCCACAACUACACCACAGUCACCGUGGACAGCAAGGGCACAGCCGUGUUCAUCCAGACAGACAAGCCCAUCUACAAACCCAAACACAAAGUGCUCGUCAAUGUAUACUCAGUCACUCCUGACCUCAGGCCGGCCAAUGACAAGAUGGAGGCGUAUGUAGUGGAUCCGAGAGGAUCUCGAAUUGUCCAGUGGCACAAUCUGAAACCAAUCUGCUGCGGCAUCGUAAACAUGAGCUUCCCCCUGUCGGACCAGCCAGUGUUUGGGGAGUGGUUAAUCUUUGUGGAGAUGCAGGGCCACACCUACAACAAGUCUUUUGAGGUCCAGAAGUACGUGUUGCCCAAGUUCGAGCUGGUGAUCGAACCCCCUCGCUACAUCCGUGACCUGAACACAUGCGAGCAGACCACCGUGACGGCCAGGUACACGUUCGGGAAGCCGGUUAUGGGCAGGCUGACGGUGAACCUGACGGUGAACGGCGUGGGCUACUACCGCCACGAGGUGGGACUUCCUGUGGCCAAGACCAUGGAGAUCAAAGGUUCCGCCACGUUCAGCCUCUGCGUGAAGGACAUGAUGCCGCUGGAUGUGGCUGACCACUUCCGGGGGACGGUCCACAUGUGGGUGACGGUGACCAGUGUAGACGGAGGGAAGCAGACCAUGUUCGACGACUCCACCCCGGUUCACAAACAGCUCAUCGACAUCAAGUACUCCAAGGACACCCGCAAACAGUUUAAGCCCGGCCUGCCGUACAAGGGAAAGGUGGAGGUGACCUAUCCAGACGGCAGCCCGGCCGACGGCGUGCGCGUGCGCGUCAAGGCGGAGCUCACCCCCAAAGACAACGUGUACACCAGCGAGCUGACCUCCAGGGAAGGCCAGGCCUCCUUCGAGAUCCCCUCCAUCCCCAACGCUGCCCAGUACGUCUGGCUGGAGACCAAGGUGACAGCCAUCCACGGCAGGCCAGCUGGAGACCAGUACCUUCCCAGCUAUCUCUCCAUCAGCAGCUGGUACUCACCCAGCAAGUGCCACAUGCAGAUCCAGAGCCCCAAUGCUCCUCUCCAGAUUGGCCAGGAGGCCGAGCUGUCUCUCAUGUCCACCUGUCCCUGUAACGUCACGCUGCACUACGAGAUCGCGUCUCGGGGCAACAUCGUCCAGUCCGGCCGGCAGCACAGUAACUCCACAGCCCACAGAGGCAGGAGGGCGACGGUCACCUUCGACAAGGACGUCCACACCACUCUGCCCCCCUCCGGCCCCUCCUCCCAAGGGGAGAUGGACAGCUGCGUGACCUCCCUGCGGUUCCCCGUCACCCCCGCCAUGGCCCCCCUCAGCAGGCUGAUGGUCUACUACGUGAGGGAGAAUGGCGAGGGCGUGACAGACAGCCUGCAGAUCCCCGUGCAGCCCAGCUUCGAGAACCAGGUGUCCGUCUCCCUGUCCACCAACGAGUCCCUGCCCGGAGACCCCGUGCGUGUGCGCGUGCGAGGGGAGCGAGGUGCGUGCGUGUGCGUCGCCAGCGUGGACAAGAGCCUGUACCUCCUCAAGCCGGCCUUCCAGCUCAGCCCAGAUAAGGUGUUUAAGGAGCUGGCCGAGUUCGACGUGUCGGACGCCUUCGGGGUCCCCAAAGACGACGGGCACUUUUGGUGGCCCGGGCUGUCGUCGAGGCGACGGCGGCGUUCCUCGGUGUUCCCGUGGCACUGGGACAUCACCAAAGACGCCGGCUUCGCCUUCACGGAAACAGGGCUGGUGGUGAUGACAGACAUGGUGAGUCUCAACCACAGACAGAGCGGGGGGAUGUACACAGACGAAGCUGUUCCUGCCUUCCAGCCACACACAGCCACCCAGAUGGCGGCCAUGCAUACACACACUGUGCCCAGAGCAGAGAAACACAAGCGAACCUUCUUCCCGGAGACAUGGGUGUGGCACUGCCUCAACGUCAGUGAUGUCACCGGGGAGGCCGAGUUACGAUUGGACGUCCCGGAUUCCAUCACCACCUGGGUGACCGAGGCCAUUGGCUUGUCGGAGGAGAAGGGGCUGGGCAUGGCCACGAGGGCGGAGCUUCGUACGUUCAAGCCCUUCUUCGUGGACUUCACCCUGCCCUACAGCGUGGUCAGGGGGGAGCAGACCAAGGUCCCUCUCACUGUCUACAACUACCUGCCCUCCUGCGCCGAGGUCCAUGUCAAAGUGUCAGUUCCCAAGGGGAUCAAGUUUGUGGGGCACCCUGGGAAGCAUCACCUGACCAGGAAGAAGUGUGUCGCACCCGGGGAAGCCACUCCCACAUCCAUAGUGUUGUCCUUCACUGAGCUGGGAGCAGCCAACAUCACCGCACGCGCCAUAGCCUACAGCGAACCAACCUGCUGCUCAGAAGGCCUCCAGUCGACCAAAUCAGGCAAAGUCCCGGACGACCUCGACGACCGGAGGACCCCAGCGGGCUUGGACUACGUCCGGAGGACGGUCAUGGUGGAGCCCGAGGGCCUGCCUAGGGAGUACACCUACAGCGUCUUCUUCUGCCCCAACGAGCGCAUCCACAUAUCCACCCCCAACAAGUAUGAGUACCAGUACGUGAAGAAGCCCUCCAAGAUGACCCUCUUCCAGGUGGCCGUGAAGACUCACAACGACGCCCACUUGGCCCUCUCCCCCAGCCCCCACGACAGCGCCGACAUGCUGGAGGUGGUGCUGGGCGGCCGGCAGAACACGCGCUCCUGGAUCUCCCUGGGGAAGAUGGGCGAGGCGCUGGUCAGCGUGCCCACCCCAGGCAUCCUCUCCUGGGACGAGUUCCGCAGCUUCUGGGUCAGCUGGAAGGGAGGCGUGGUGCAGGUCGGACACGGCCUCCAGGCGUCCAAUGAGUCUCUGAUCCUGCAGUGGGCCGGCCCCCCCCCGGGGCAGGUGCGGCACGUGGGCUUCUCCACUGGCUGGGGCUCCGUGGGCGAGUUCAAGAUCUGGAGGAAGGAGGACUCUGACGAGAACCACAACGAGGCCUUCACCCUGGGGGUCCCUCACAACGUGGUGCCCGGCUCCGAGCGAGCCACCGCCUCCAUGAUCGGGGAUGUGAUGGGCCCCACCCUCAAUAACCUGGACAGGCUGCUGCGUCUGCCGUUCGGCUGCGGAGAGCAGAACAUGAUCCACUUCGCCCCCAACGUCUUUGUGCUCAAGUACCUGCAGAAGACCCGCCAGCUCAGCCCUGAGGUGGAGACCGAGGCCACCGACUACCUGCUGCAAGGCUACCAGAGACAGCUGACCUACAAGCGACAGGACGGCUCCUACAGUGCCUUCGGAGAGAGGGACCCGUCGGGGAGUAUGUGGCUGACUGCGUUUGUGUUGAAGUCCUUUGCUCAGUCCCGGGGUUUCAUCUACAUCGACCCUGAGGAGCUGCGGUCGGCCAAGUCCUGGCUCACUGCCCACCAGAGACCGGAAGGUUCCUUUCCUGCCAUGGGGCGCAUCCUCAACAAAGACCUGCAGGGAGGGAUCCAUGGGAAGAUCUCUCUGACGGCCUACGUGGUUGCGGCUCUCCUGGAGACGGGCAUCACCACAGAGGAGGAGAAGCUGGCGGUGGCCAAGGCCAAGGGCUUCCUGGAGAGCAACACCUACUCUGCCGACGACCCCUACACCACCGCCCUGUCUGCCUACGCCCUGGCCCUACUGAGGAGCCCCUACGCCCCCCUGGCCCUGCGUCGCCUCAACCACAUGGCCAUCACUCAGGAUGGUUUCACCCACUGGAGUCUGACAGGCAGCACAGUGACGGACGAGGACACCUUUAUGGGCUUCAGCGACGGCCUCUCUCAGUCAGUGGUGUCUGCGGAGGUGGAGAUGACGGCCUACGGGCUGCUGACCUACACCCUGCUGGGGGACGUAGCGUCAGCCCUGCCUGUGGUCAAGUGGCUCUCCCAGCAGAGGAACGCCCUCGGGGGCUUCUCCUCCACCCAGGACACGUGCGUGGCGCUGCAGGCGCUGUCGGAGUACGCUAUCCUGUCCUACGUGGGCGGGGUCAACCUGACCAUCUCCCUGGCCUCCACCAACCUGGACUUCCAGGAGGCCUUCGAGCUGCAGAGAGACAACAAGAAGAUCCUGCAGAAGGCCAAGAUCCCCAGUAUCCCCACUGGGCUGUUUGUCAGUGCUAAAGGAGAGGGCUGCUGUCUCAUGCAGAUCGACGUGUCCUAUAACGUUCCCGACCCCACGGCCAAACCGGCCUUCCAGCUCAAGGUGGACCUGAAUGAGCCCGCGCAGGGCCGCCACCCGCCACACUCCUCCCGCCACACCACGCCUCGCUUACGCUCCCGGGCCGACAACCGCUCCGAGCUCAACCGCAAGCGGAGGGCUACCGCCGACGACGAGGACCCAGCGGCCCACCAGGACAACCUGGACUACCGCAUCACGAUAGAGGCCUGCGCCAGGUGGCUCCACUCAGGCUCCUCCAACAUGGCCGUCCUGGAAGUCCCACUACUCUCUGGUUUCCGUGCCGAUGUGGAGAGUUUGGAGAGGCUCCUCCUGGACAAGAGGGUGGGUCUGAAGAGGUACGAGGUGGACGGAAGAAAAGUCUUCUUCUACUUCGACGAGAUCUCCAGUCAGUGCAUGACGUGUGUGGCCUUCCAGGCGAUCAGGGAGUACAUAGUGGGCAAGACAGCACCUGUUCCUGUCAAGAUCUACGACUACUACGAACCAGCGUUCGAGGCCACUCGCUUCUACAACGUGAGCGAGAGCAGUCCGCUGGCUCGGGAGCUGUGUGAUGGGACGACCUGCAACGAGGUGGAGAGUUCAACCAAUCAGUGGAUAGGGUUUGUCCAGGGGAACCAAUGCAACAACGUCUUUGGCUGUCUGGAGGAGGAGCGGUUUGAGCGUUGCACCUGCUACAGGGACUGCGGCUACGACGGGGAGCCUGUGUGCGGCUCGGACGGCAGGUGUAACCAGAGCCUGUGCCAAAUGGAGGUGUCCGCCUGCCGCAACGGGACCCGCAUCGAGCAAGUGCCCCUGUCCCAGUGUCCCCAGAUGGAAUCCGUGGUGAAGGACAGGGAGCCGGUGACAGUCGAGCAAGCAGGGGCCGUUCCCAUCUCCAUACACCCAGGUGAGGAGGAGCCAGGCUCCAUGGCCGAGAUGUCCUACUACUCCUACGAGUACGACGCAGACGCCGAGCCCUUCGCCGUGGACGGAGAAGACCAUUUUGAGCUGCCAGCGGGGGAGGAGGCAGGAGAGCAGGGGGGGCCGGCAGAUAGCCAGCUGCCCCCGCCGGACACGAUAGACACCCCCGAGAGAUGAAAGCGAUCCCCUCGCCCAACUCCAAGCCGCCACUACAAAUUGUACAUUGUUUGUGAAUAUGUUAGAGUGAGCCGAGGAAGAAGAGGAGAGUGGGAACUGUCCAGGCCAAAAGGAAGAUAUGGUGGGAGUGUGUGUGUGUGUGUGUGUGUGUGUGUGUGUGUGUGUGUACGUGAGUGUGGUGUGUAUGUGUGUGUGUAGGAGAGUUUUGUUACCUCCAGCCCUCUUCCUUUACCUUUCAUAUCAUCGGUUUAUAUCGUCCCAGUCCUUAAAAACAUAGCUUCUUUGUUACCCUGUGUAGUGUCUUUAAUCUACUUGUAAUAGUCAAGUAUUUAUGUUUGUAAUUACAACUGAGUUUAAACGUUUUUGUUUUUUUUGUAUCUGUGGUAUUUAUUUUUAGCUAGUGUAUUUGUUUUUUUAUUUGCCUUUUUAUUUGUCAUUGACCUUUGCCCCUUACACCCACCCAGUCUUUUAGCAUGUCAAAUAUGGCAAGUUAUAUGGAGCGCAUUUAUCUAAUCGGAGAAAGAAACUAUAUUUCUGUACGUUUAUUAUAGUGUUAAGAUGUUGGAAAGAAAAAGACAGAUUACUAUUAGUUUUUCCUUGAGACAGAUAAGCUCAAAUACUUUUUCAUUCAACACUACCAAGCUACAAUCAUCUACACACAACACAGGGAUAAUAUUAUACAGCUGUAUCUUUACUGAGUAUACAGGGAUUUGAUUGUGCAGUACAUAAGCUAUUUUGUUUUUGUAAUACGUUUACCCAUCAAGCGAUUCACCCUUAAGUAACAAUAAAGUUUGGAAUUCCUGUAAAUGUACCAAAUUUGAUGUAGCCAAUACCCCCCAACCUUUACAGAGCUUUUGAAAAAUACAAGAAUAAACUGUGUAUACUA